UAAACCCGGCCAACUCCUAUGCUCACUAAAGGACUCUACUCCACUAUAAUCUCUUCCUCCCCUCGUAUGUCGAUGCAUGUGAGGCGUAUAAAAUAUGUGAUAUGGACAACUUCCAGUAUAUUCGCCAGCCUGAAUAACUGAGUAAAUGGCUUAGAGGACAAACGUUACACAGAGAGAAGGGAUGGAGCAAAUAAUCGGUCCUCUUCUAAACUUUAUACGCAUACCGCCAAUGCACCGCACGAGCCGUGCGCAUGCCCGAGGGGUAAUUGGACAAUUGCUGUCUAAAUUGGAAGGUUAUUCGGCUGAUUUUGACAGAGAUCCGAAGCUGGAAACCGCAGCCGCUGAAACUCUGGUCAAGUGUCUUUACCAUGAAAGAUUUAUGCUAUUAGAGGUGGAAGCCAGGGAGUAUAUAAAGAUCCUUCGCCUUCUAUGGGAAUUUGAAGAUCAGGGUUACAUUGUUCCCAGUUCACUCAUCAAUGACCUGGCAAUCCAGACGCUACUUGAAACAUGCCAAGAUAUUAAGUGCAAAAGCAUUGUAACAUCUUCUCUACAGCACAUGUUCAUCACAGCUACGUACCAAAACAAACGAGUUCUUGUAGAUGCAGUGCUACUUUCUGCACUAGGGCACAAUGCCAGGAAUAUAGGCGUGUUUGAUUUAUGGGAAAAUGCCAUUAUAGCAAGUAUUGGGAAGUCAUCAAUGAGGAUGGCAAUUGUUGAAUCAUCUUUACUGGAAAAGUGCACCAAUGAUCAUCUUAUAGGAAGCAGUGCAAAGCAAUCUCUUCUUCAGUGCAUAGCAUCUACAAUGCCUUUUUUAUUAUUUGAUUGGAACAAAAUUCGAGCAGUAGUAAUUCAGAGGAUGCAUGUAUCUGAGGAAAAGACUGCAAUUGCCUAUGCCAGGUUCCUUCAUGCUCUUGCCAAGUUAGAGGACUCUGAUCCAAUUCACUACAUAAACGAAUUUAUAGUAUUUCUGAAAACCGCCAAAAGUGCUGAAAUGGAUCUACAAUGUUCGAUCUACAAAGCUAUUGAUGACCUUAAGAAAAAGAUGAGAACAAAUGUUUAUCAGGAACCCUUCUUCAAAAUCUUCUCAGAGCAAUGGGGGACAAAUGAACAACAAAUUUAAAACAAAUAAUUAAGUUGAAAUAAUUGAAGGUGAAGACAUACCAUUCAUGUCAUUUCUUAUAAAAUGGUUUAUUUGAUCUUUCCAAACACCCACAUACUAAAUUUUUUUCACAGCUUCCAUAUGCCUAAUGCUUAGCCUUCUCAAAACGUGUGUGUCGUGGUCUCUUGCCUUUCUAAUUUGUAGGCAACCAUAUGCCACAUAAACACAUGAAGCUGUUUGAACUGAUGUGUCAAUUUCUUUUCUCUUGUCCUGCUCUCCUUAUGAUGGAUCAUGUAAUUUGAUCCAAAACAUUAAGGAAAUAAACUUACAGAGCUCAUACUAAAUAUGCACAUCAAGUCAUAUAGUCCUUAUAUUUGUAUAGUAUUGGAAGCAGAGUCUCCAAAUAUUUAGUCUCAGGGAAUCUCAAAAAGAUUAAAAGAUCAUCCUCAGCUUUUGUUGA